GUCCGGCAGCUCCACAAAGCCGACAGUAACAAAAUAAAACAAAUAUCACAACAAAACAACUUAUUCAACUACUUCACUAAUGAUUUCAUCAGAAUGCUAGGAACUAAACAAGUUAUUCUUAAAUCCUUUGGUAAUAAGAAACCUGUUAGGAUCUCAUACGGACUUGUUGGUAGUCAAUUUGGCGACAUCGUAUUGGGUUUCCUUAAACAUGCGAAUGACGCAAUUUGCUAUUUACACUUUGCUGAAAACGAGGACAAGGAGAAUAGAACAAAUAAUUAUGAGUCCUUACUGCAGAAACGUUGGCCAAAUGCUUUGCUCUUAGAAGACUUGAAUCAAGCGCGUAUUCUGGCUGAUAGAAUAUUUAGUAAAGAAGAUAUGAUUCUCAAUGUUAUGGUGUCUGGUACGCCGUUUCAAGAGGCAGUGUGGAAUGAAUUGUUAAAAAUACCCUCCGGUCAGACAUGUACAUAUGGGGAUAUCGCAGAUAGAAUUGGAAAACCGAAUGCAGUACGUGCAGUUGGCACAGCUGUUGGUAGUAAUGAAAUAUCCAUCGUAAUACCUUGUCAUCGUGUCGUGUCAAAGAAUGGUGAUAUAAAAUAUGGAGGUGGUAGAACACGAAAAAUUAAUUUGCUGAAGUAUGAAAAGGAAAAAUCACUAAGUGGAAACUGAACUAAUAAAGUAUCAAAAAUCUAAAUAAUUACAUGAAAUGUAUUAUUGUAUCCGGAGUGGUUCAAAUAGUUUAAACAAACAAAUUUUUUUCAAGAUCCUAAUAAAAAGAACUAUAUUUUAUUAA